GAGGGAUGCGGGUUCCAUCUCGCAGUAGCUUGGAAUAAGAAGAAAGAUGCACUUGGGCUGAAGAAGUACCUAAAGGGUGCCCGCCGGGAUAGACAAGUGCUGCGAUGGUGGAACACCGUUAAAGGUGCACAACAACCAGAGGAGCCACCACCACAAACCUCAUCUCAAUCUCGGAGACGACGAUGUGGAUACGAUCUGAAUGCACCGAGAUUCGUUGCAUCUGUUGAGCCAAACUUCUCGGGCAUCUCCUACAAUGCAAGUAUCCGUCGAUGGCAAAGCUUUUACGCCGCCUCCGGAGUUGCAACACCAAUGCCAAGGCACAACUCUUGA